AUGGCCGACACGGACAACCUGAGGACAGCAUCGCUGUACAUCAACAAUCAGCUACUUUCGAGAGGACUGCUUCGCGAUGGCUCAACCAUCGACUUUGCAGACCCAAUGAGUGGUGGAGACUUGGGCGACACGAUGAGCAGGAUUAUGGGAGUAGUUAACGACCUGAUCCUGCGGAGAGAUGUACGAAUUCCCUUUUCCAUCUACAAGACUCCUACAAGCUUCAUGGCCACCCUAAUACCUAAACGAGAUGCCGAACACCGCGAGGCCCUCUCGCAAACCCUCCGAAGCCUGCGCGCCGAGAACCUCCACCAGACAAACCACCUCCAGCGCGAGUGCGACGCGCACGCCGACGCGCAACGGCGGCUGCAGACGGUCGAGGCGGCGAGCCAAGCCCAGCGCGCCCAACUGUCACAGGCCGAGUCCACCAUCCACAAGCUCAAGGACGACGCGGCGCGGACAAAGGCCCUGGUAGCCCAGACGCGCGGCGCCUGCGCCAACGAGGUGCGCAAGCGGGACAGGCAGAUCGACGCGCUCAAAAAGGCUGUCCUCGACGCCGGCAGGGCGCGUGGGGAGAGGAGAGGCACGACAGUCACGAGCAUCACGGUCACGGGUGAGAUGGGUGGCGAUGGCGGUGAGGUGCAGGGGGCUGCGGGGCGGGAGCAGGGCGCUACGGCUUGUGAUGAUUAUGAUCUCCGCCAGGAGUCGAAUUCGUUCCUGGCUGAGCUCGCAAAGGGAUUGAGUGCGGAUAACGAGGCCCUGAUAGCUUUGGUCAGGCGGGUCGAGUCGAACCUCAAGGAUAUGAGCGGGUACGAGGGAACCCCGACUGCGGAGUCUCAGAACGGUCACCCUUCAUUGCUCCCAGGAGCAGUGGAAGAGCUGGAGACUGAGCUCGAGGCAGUGCUCCAACAUCUCCGGACAAUUCUCACAAACCCCUCUUUCGUUCCCAUAGAGGAGGUUGUGGUCCGUGACGAAGAGAUACACAGGUUACGAGAAGGCUGGGAGAAGAUGGAAACGAGGUGGAAGGAAGCAGUACACCUUAUUGACGGCUGGCGUCGUAGGAUGGCGUCCAGCGGCAAGUCGGUCAACAUGGAGGAACUAAAGAUGGGUCUGCGUUUGAGCCCCGUGCGCGUAAGACAUGUCGCCGAGACAUCACAGGGUCUAGGCUUGCGUGUAGCGCCCAUCAACUUUAACCUGAGAUCGGUUCAAGAAGAGGAGGAAGACGACGAGGAGAUGAAGGAGGAGGAACGUGAAGAGAAAUCUAGUGCCCACAUGAUCCCAAGCCCGGCAGAGUCAUUACACCUUGUCCCAGCGCCUGGAUACGAGGACCUGGCAGACGAUGAUGACAACGAUGACGACGACAGCGACUCUGGGUCUAGCAUCUUUGAAGAUGAGGUCGACAUGGACGACUUGGACGUUUCGGAGCCUAAUGUGCAGAUCCUGGAGCAGUCGAUGAUGAUGGAAUCCCUCAAUUCGUCCCCACUACCCGAGCCACCGCAGCUCAGCCCCCUAAAAGACUCGGAAACGGCAGGUAACAGACGCCGUCCCGACCCGUCACGUUCCCGCAAGCGACCAGGAGAGUUUUCUGCGAUAACGGAGGAAAACACAUACGAUUCCGCUUCCGCUGUUGAGGAGGCACCCCCUAAGCCUCCAGCACGCGUGGCCAAGAAAGCUGAGCCAAGACAGCGCCAGACGGCUGCGGCGACUCGUCCAAAGCCACAAGAAAUGCCCUCUAGGCCCAACUCUGCGGCAUCAUAUGCGUCGACCACAUCCACAACCACCGAGAAGAGCAUCAAGCUUGUCAAGUCUGAUGCGUCGGCCCCAACCUCGGGCACAAAGGCCUCACAGCCUCCACCGGCUAAGAAGCGCAACACGGCCAAGACCGCCGAGAAGCAGCCCGCGUCUAGGAGACCGGCACGGCCAGCAACGAGCAUGGCAACAACCAGGCCUACCAGAGCGGCUGCGGCAGCAGCUGCUAGGGCUGUGACCACCAGCAGGGAGACAAAAGGUCAUGCUCCCAGCAAAAGCCUUCCAGAGCAACAAAUCCAAGAAAUGACUUCAGCCCAGCCCAAGCGAGGCGCGGCGGCUAAAGAGAUGCCCCCACCACCCGUCCCUACCCGCGCCACGAGGCAAACCGCAGCGACACCAUCCAAGAUGGCAAUAGUCGUCCCGCCACCCUCCUCAUCCCGCCUCCCCCUGCCCCGCACCGCCAAUGCCAACGGUGUGCCGCAGAGUCCGCUGACCAUGGCAACCAUACAGGCCAAGCUUGCCGCCUCGGAGCGGGACGCCGACGCCGCCAGGGUACGUGCAAAACUCAAGGCCGCACGCCUAGGACGCGGUGGUCUCGGCGCCGCCGCCGCCGCAGGAGCAGCAGCAGCUCCUUCGCGGACGGCCUCCAACGGGACGACCAAGUCGGCAGAUGACAGCGAGCAGGGCGGGGCCAGCGUGAGGAGUAUAGAUAGCAUUGAGCCGGUCAAGAGGGCGGCGGCAGGAGGGGCGCGCUCACCAUUGUCGGAGCUAGCCGUCUCGGGCGGCAGCGAGGACAAGGGCAGCAGUACGGGAUCCACGCUUCGUGUCGUCGUAGAUAAACCGCAGGAACUGAGCCCGCGGAAGCGAGGCAGGCGGGCGGAGAAGGUCGCCUCCCGCCGGCGGAGCACCCUGAAUGCAUGGGAGCUGAAGACGUUGAUCUCAGGUGACGUCGCUGUUUCGCCGUCCCGAGGGAGCUGA